GCACUCGCCUGCUGCACAAGUGACCUUCACCCGGAUGAGCAUGACCAUCGAGGUGCGUCCGGGACAGAGCUUUGAGCUUCCCUGGGGCUGCCUGGAGCUUCCGGCUCCAUUGAGAAGGAAGCUUGAAUGUGGACAUGGCCCCUACACCCCAACAGUUGUCGAGGUUCUGCUGCCAGGGCAGUCGCAGCCUUCCCAGCCCUGCUGGCCUAUCACCUUCAGCGUGGACAUGGCGGCGGCCUGCAUCCUUUGCUCCAUGCCUGGCGGAAUGAGCCGGGAAGUCGGAAGCCUGGAGGAAGCGUUGAAGAUCACGCCGUCGGAGGCUUCGUUCGUGCAGGAGCCCUCAAAGGACUUCGUGGGGAGCCUUCAGAAGCUCCUCCACACGCCGCCGAGUUUCCGGGAGCCGCAAGAUGCCAAGGAGAGAAAGGCAGCGGGCAGUGCGAGCAAAGCGAAGAGCCAGGGCCAGGAGGCGACCUACACGAAGCGGGUCACCCGAAGCAUGAGCCUGGCGGCCUCCAACAUCGCAGCUGCGGCCAAGAAGGCCAUGGAGGCAACGAUCCCAGCCCGACGCAGUCGCAGUGCUCCCGGCUGCCCAAAGCCUCCGACGACUCCGGUUGCCAACGUUGCCAGCCCGGUGAGGGGCGCAUCCCUUCAGAAGUCCGCCACGCAGCCGCAGACAAGCCCAUCCUCACAAGAUGCUUCAGAGCAAGCAGAGCAAGUAAAAGGUCAGCAGAGCUCGGCGCCUGCUCGCAAUGCACGAAGCCGAAGUCCAGUGCCAGCACAGCAAGCAACGAAGGCAAAGCUCCCGGCCAAGGCAGGUGCCACCUCGCCAGCUGAGUCUCUCAAGACCGCCGAGGCUGGUGAGAAAAAUCCGAAGCAAACGCCGCAGCAAGCCAAGCCGCAGAAGAAAGACUCCAGGGCCACCCCCAAAUCCAGCACCUCGUUGCCCCCACCUCGGCGACGCAGUCCCUCGCCUUCGAUGCGGAAGCAAGGCGAGGAAGCAGAUGAGGCAGGAGCUGCUCCCCCUAUGCCGGACCCGAUGCCAGCACAGCAAGGCACCACCGAGAAUCCAAAGCCCCCUGCAAGCAAAGGUGCGCGGUCGCCAGUGCCUACCCCUGAGAGCAAGCAGGGGAAAGACGCGCAGAAGAAGCAGAAGCAGACCAACCCGAAAUCUACCAGCAAGUUGAGGACACCCAGCACAUCCCUGCCUCCACCUCGACGACGCAGCCCGUCGCCAUCAACUCAAGCUACCAAUGCGUCAGGUGCGGCCGACACGGCACAGCAAGCCCCCACUCCACGAGCGCCGAGCAAGGGAAGCGAUCAUGCACAAGACAGUCAGCAGAAGCAAGCUGCCAGCGCCAAAGCAGCAUCCAGCGCGAAGUUGAGGACACCCAGCUCCUCGCUUCCCCUUGACCGACGCAGCCCGUCGCCUUCAACGUCCAAGCAAGGCCUUGAUCCGUCCGGCACAGCGCCCGAUGCAGGACGAGCACGGCGAAGUCCUGUACCUGAAGAGCAAAAGCAAGGGUCGGAGGCAAGGGGAGACUCCACAGCACCCACGAAGUUCAGUUGCCUGGCGGAAGCUGCGAGUGCCGCACUUGCAAGAAGGAGCCCCUCCCCUGCAAUGCAGCGUUUGGCAGAGAAGGUUGCUGUGAAUUCAGAAAGGGCUCCUCGCGCACGCAGCCGAUCUCCACUGUCCAAGUGGCAGGGCGCUGCUGAGGAGAACUCGAAAACCAAAUCACCAGCACCUGCGCCGUCGCAGCUGGGCAGCACAGGGCAAAGUGGCCAGCCGAAGCCACAGCAAAAGCCAGGCGCCAAAAGAGCUUCUGGUAACGAGACUCCGAUGCCAGCUUCCCGGCGCAGCCCAUCACCCGCGGCACGCGGGGAGAAAGAUGCAGCCAAGCGCAAGCGAAGCCCUUUGCCUGCUGCAGAGAAUAUGCGCAGCGACAACUCCGACAGGACGAAGUCGCACUCCGAGGCGCUCCGUUUCAGUGAGCCCAAGGCGAGUGAGGCGGCCGACCUGGGAAUCAUGCACCCGGAGUCGCUCAGGAAGCUCUGCAUCGAGCGAGGGCUCUCCUCCACGGGGCUCCGGACGCAGCUGAUUUCCCGAUUGCUGAUCCAGAGCAUGACCAAGAAGUUUGAAGACAGGGAAUCGGUUAGGUCUGGGACUGGGAGCCCGACCUUUGCACCUUUCAAUGCCGUCCACAAGAGUGAGCUUCAGGCUGCCUGUGACCGCCAGGGCCUUCCCAGUUCGGGCAGUUGCAACGACUUGUUGUACCGGCUCCGAGAGCAGCGGCAGCAGAGGGACACGACGUCUGAGAAGACGGGCUCCGGAGGCAGACCGCGGCCAGUUCGCGGGCUCUCCGUGCCGCCGACCAUGCAGGCCAGGCCCGUACCCCUCUCGCCAGCGCCAGCCAGGUGUUUUUCCACGCCGCGCCAUCGAAUCCGAAGCAAAAGUCCCGCGCCAGCAGCCUGCACAAGCACACCCGCACGGCGCAUCCGUGGCAAGAGUCUGGAUCCAGCCAGGUCCCUUCCCAGACCCGGUGGUCCAUCCACGCCAGUCCCUUCGCAGUCCCUUCCCAGGCCCAGCCCACAGGUUUUGCGCUCACGAAGCAGCGUUGCAGCCCGAGGGGGCGCGAUGGUCCAUUCCCUCCUCACCCUCCGUCCAGAGCAGCUUGCAAGAGAAUGUAAGAAGAUGUGCUUGAGUCCUCAGGGGUCGCCUCACGCAAUGGCAUGCCGCCUGGCAGCGGCACGCCUCCAAACGGCCUCGCCGGGCUCCAGCGCCACCGAGCUGGUGUCGCAACACUCUCCGGGCUCGGGUCAGCCUCCAAAGCCCAUCCUCCGUCGUGGACGCUCUGCCUCGGUGACACGUCAGAAGCAGACCCCGUCGCGCGCGACCCCGCGCCGUCCCGCGCGCUCCCAAACUCGAUCUCCCGCCCGCUCCCGCUCCCAUGCCAGGUCCCUGCUUUGCGCUCUGCCCGGAGCCAAGCGCAGCGACUCCCCGCCCUCCACGCCGCCCCGACGCAGCGCACCAAGGUCCCCAGUGCCCUCCACUGGCUCGAAGCUGCCGCGGGAGAUGAGGAGUCCGAGUAACAAGAGUGUUGGAAAGGCAGCCAAGGCGAAUUCUACACGCAGCCGGACCCCAGCAAGGACCACCCCAAAACGAACGCCCCACCGCUGCGGCGGCGGCUGCCAUGCAAACACGAAGGCAGGUCUACCCUGCCAAAGAUCGGGUAAGAUCCGUCCGGCCCAGGCACUCUUCUACUAUUGCCACAUGCAUGCCCCUUUGUGGAGAGUCCACGAGCGCUGA